AUGUGGAGAGACGCCCGUUUCAGUCGAGUGCAAAUUGUCAAAUGCUACGGAUGGAAUUUACUCGGCAAAGGCAACGAAUCGAAAACGAAACGCCUCGAUGGGGUUGUGCUAAUAAAUAACAACAAUAAUAAUGAUAAAAUAAAUAACUCGAGCUAAAAACAGAAAACCAAAAACAAAUACAGUGAUGAAAUAACGAUUAAAUACUAGUAGUAACAACGCCUAAAAAUAUACAAAACAAAAUAUUUGUGUACUCUUAAAAUCGUGAAACGUAGCAUAACACGCGAUAUUGUAAACAACAUUAGUAUAAACAAUACCAAAUAACGUAGUUCUUUCGCAAAUCUAGGAAGAAUGUGUGCGGAGCAAAGCCUUGAUUUCAAGGAGAAUUGAACGGGUUCGAUAAAACGGCGUUAAGCGCAUAACUCGAAUGUGAAAAGAUAAUGUGGAAGCAUGUCUUCCCACUCCGUUGUAUCACUCUCAUCUUUUAAUAUAUUAUUUUUUACACAGGUUCUAACGGUUUUAACAUCGUCAAUAAAAUACCACGAGUACGUGACGGAUAAAGGCAAAAAUAUUUCCAUACCCUGCACAGCGGAGGGCAACGUUAUGUGGGUUAAGGAAGGCGGCAACAAUAGCACCAUAAUACAGACAGGUAAAUUUUUAGUGCUGACCAAUGUAUCGACCGACGAACGUGGUCUGUACGUGUGCUUUGCUGCGGUUCCUCCACGUCAAUCUUCCGCCCCCAUUACCGGCUCCAAUGCACAAGCAACAAAUGAACAGAGAAAAUCAAUAACAGCAUCAUUGCCUACAUCUGCCUCGCCAUCGACGGCGUCAUCGUUGAUAUUGACAUCAACGUCAUCAUCGUCAACCUUAUCAUCGUUAGAAGAUAUAAACGUAUCAACAAUGAUGCACACAAGUGCAACAAAUGCUUCAACUACCUCAUCGCUUCCAAUGCCAGUGCCCACAAUAGCCGUAGCCACCGCCACAAACGCAAAUGCAAACACAGUGAAUAUAUCGACGGGGCAGCAAGUUUCAAAAUCUGACAAAGCUACCACCUUAAACAAUAGUGGACAGACAAUGGAAGCGCCUAUACCGGACGCAGAACGGAAGACAGAAGCAAAUAAUGGUGAUAAGAGCGAAGAAGAAACCGAGGCGGAGGAAUACCAAGCUGUCGAAAAGGUCAACUUGACCGUGCGCACACCGCCAGGGCCUGUUACACAACUUUACUUCAAGGCAUCUACUAUUCUAGGUUUUCUAAUCUGGCGUUUUAACAAAACCAAUUCCGGUGGUUAUCCAGUGCGCAGCUUUACUGCCGAAUUUCGCAAUGUUUCGUAUAAUGAGACACCCUACAACCAAUCGUUCGAACACGAAUGGAGUCGUAUGGACCCAAUUAAUAUUGCGCCGAAUGUUCGGCAAAUGGAGGUAUAUCGCCUGGAGCCCAACACCACAUACGAAUUUCGGAUAUGGGCCAACAACCAGUUAGGCAGUGGCGAGGUUGUUACCACCAAUGUAACAACGCUUCCUGAAACCAAAGAGGAAGAUUUAAUACGCCUUAUACAACCCGACUUAGAUAAUUUCGAUCCGCGCAUUUGGAUAAUCGCCGUCAGUGUUGUACUUGGAACUCUUGUGAUAUUAGCAAUUGGACUAUGUAUAGUUUUAUCGAAAGAAUGUUAUCAAUCAUCGCAAACGGAUUUCGAGAACGGUUGGGAAAGCAUAGAGCUUAUACCGAAUAUAAUACUGAAUCCGGGUUUCUGUGAGUCGGAUGGAUCCGAACCAGUGCAGCCGUACACACGAACUAUCAUCUUUGGUGAAGAUGACGAGAGUGAUGGCUACGAGAGUGAAGAAUCAGAUCACGAGCCACCCAUGGAAAAAUUCAAGCGAAAAGUGUCGGUUUUCUUCACAGGCCCCACAAUAAGACGCAUUUGAGUUAAAUCGGAUGACGCCUCUAACGGACGCGGCGAAAUAAAUAGCAUUUGUACAUUUAAUAUUAUUUACAAUUUGUUUUGCUCACAUUUUGGGACGUUUGUGAUUUAUAGUACUAAGAGAUUGCACCAUUGUACAGGUUAUUUUUCUUCAUCAUAUAGAUUUUAAAUUGUUAAUAUGCAUAUUUUCGAAUAUAGAAAAUCAUAAUUCUUCUCAGCAGUAUUGAGAUACAAUUUUUAGGAGGCGAUUGCAGUACCGUUGCUUCAAUGCUAGCUUAAGAUUCUAAGCAACUAUUUGUUAACACUGAUAAGAAAAAAAUCAUUAUAAUACUUGUAAAAAUAUUAUAGUAACAAAAAUGACAAAAGUUGUCGCAUAGGAAAGAAUGUAGGUACUUAUAUUUAAGAAAAUAUAAGCGAGCUUUUGUUACGAAUCAAAUUUUAUAAAUUAACGCCUAAGCAAAUUGUUAUUGAAUAUACACACAUAUAUACAUAUGUACAUACAAGCAAACACAAAGUUAAAGACAUUUAGAAAAUGAUCAGUACGCAUAUGGAAAGAAACUUACUCGAAUACAUACAUAUAGACUCACGAUCCAUCUCAGUUCUCAGUUCGUCAAACGCGACCCCCUUAUUAAAUUUAAUAUCCACCCUUUUCGUUUCUAAUCCCCAACAGAGUGAAUUUCAGCACGAGCACGAGCACGAGCGAGACAAUGUUUUAUUGUGCUUUAUAUAGAGAACAACGCAGUCUAGCCUGUAGUAUUCCUGCAUCCUUCUUAAUGAGCCACUUAUCGUCUGCUUUGAUUUUUAACUUUCAUCGGAUAUUCUGAUGUACGUGUGUUUUUCGUUCAGUCUAUUAGAUCUGCAGGCGAAAUUACUGAGUUAGUGUUCCUAAUUAAACCCGUUUUUAGUUACACACACACAUGUACAUAUGCCUAUGCAAACACGACUGGAAGAAGAUGAAGCUUAGAACUUAGGAAAUUACUACCAAAUAAUGGAUGAAACGAUAUGCAUAAAUAAUUGUUGCUGUGAUAAAAUUUCAAUUGGAAAACGCUAUGUAUUAAUAAAUUUAAUAUAUUACAAAGUUAUUAACUAAAGCAAGCGCUCACAUUUGAAUGAAGAUUGAAUAAAUUGUACAUUUUUGUGGGGGCCAACACGUUGUCUUUUAAACACUAAAA